UCUUUUCCCCUCCCAGGUUGCAAAGAGCUUCCUGCUGCUGGGAGCGGGUCAUGGAUGCUGUUGCUGCUGGCGCAAUUGUUCCACCAUGGGGCUGACUCCUAAGGAUGCCCAAAGCCGCAGUGAAACUCAUAGUAACCGGAGAUGACUUUGGCUACUGCCCAAGAAGAAACCAAGGCAUCGUGGAGUGUUUUCUGUCCGGCGGUGUGUCCAACGUGUCCCUCCUGGUGAACGGCAGCGCUGCGUCCGAUGCUGCACAGCUGGCGAGGAGGUAUCACAUUCCAAUAGGGCUCCAUGCCAACCUUUCUGAGGGCUCUCCUGUUUGCCCGGCGUUGAAAGCCAAGUCCACAUUGCUCAACGAAGAAGGAUUUUUCCACGGAAAGAUGGGGAUCCGGAGAGCGUUAGCCGAUGGUCUCCUGAACAUGUCUGAGGUGAAACACGAACUAACUGCACAGGUUGACUUGUUCCGUGAGCUCACAGGUCACCUGCCUCAACACAUGGACGGACACCAGCAUGUUCACGUCCUCCCAGAGAUCAGAAACGUAUUUGCACAGGUGCUGGAGGAUUAUGGGAUCACCUAUACCCGAGUCCCCAUCGAGCCAGACCUUCCCCGCUGCGAUUGGAUAGACCCGCACUUAAUGGCCUUUUACCUGGGCGUGGAAAAGGACUCCCUAAACACAGUGGAUGUGUUUAGGAAACACAGAAUAAGGUGGCCAGAUAUAUAUAUAGGCUUGAGCACCAUGGGCAAAAAUAUGUCCAUCGCCAACAUCCUGGGGGCCAUUGAUAACGCUACAGCGGCUUACGUGCCGGAAGAAGACUCCUCCAUUCCUCCUGGCUCGCCGUCACACGCAGAUCAAGAAACCAGAACUGUAACCAUUGAGCUGAUGACGCAUCCAGGGUACCCCAGCGUCCCGCCAGUUGGGGGCUGCGGCGAGGGACCCGACGAUUUCUCGCAGUCCUGGGAACGCUUGCACGAACUUGAGACGCUCAAGAAAGCAGAGUUGCAGAGCCACUUCAGAACAAGGAACAUCCAGCUCUGUGCAUUUAAAGACCUUGGGAUGUGACGAUGCAAUUGUUGCUGGCUGGG